AAGCACAGACACCCGGCGUUGUGCACGGAGAAAGUGUUCGGUUAGAGAGCGAGAGUCCGAGUAUAAGACGUCGCGACCCGCUUGAGAAAAUCAGUUUAUCGCGAGUGCAUCCGCAGACAACGAUCAGGAUGAGGACGCAGUUCAUUCUGAUAGCUUGCUUGGUAAUAGCAAGACAGGCACUUGGCACUCAAGUGUACGACACGCCUACGAGCGAUUCUUCGAAACGAGAAUGGCAGCCGUGGAACGAAGACUCAAUUGAGAACUCUAAUGGAAGAAAGAAUAAUCCUGUUACGUUCGAGACUUCUGACACGCAGAGAGGGAAGACGCAGGAAACCUCAUUGUAUAACGCUAACAUUCAGACGAGCGCCAGCGGAGUCGCCAAUGUCGCCAAUAAAAAAUCGGUGGAUUCUGUAAUCGACGAUAUUCUCAUAUCAAAACGUCAGGGUCGCAACCUCGAGGGUUACGCUGAGGUCUACUCAGAUCCUGAUGUCAAAAUUGCAUUCCAGGAUGGCAACGAGACCAACGCGCGUACUUACAUCAAGGACAAGCUCUGUUCCCUCGGUUUGGUGAACUGCGAUGAACCGGAAGGACGACGGCCUUUCUACUCGCCGCACCGCGAUAUCCACCCGCACGACGUCAUCUACGCCCAACCAGUGACCAUCAAGCCUGUGGGCCGUCCACUCCCGGCGAUACCCGUGAAACGGCCUUAUGGUCCAGCGAAACCCGUGCCACUGCCACCGAGUUUCGCUUCUACGUUUCCGGGACCUGUAUUCGGCAGACCACCGCCCAACUUCGUCGGACCAUAUCCGGUAUACAAGAAGCCCGACUCACUGCCGUUCAAACCCAUCUAUGAAUCAGGUGCCGACAUCGGGAUUGAUUACGAGGACAAGCUAAUCGACAAGAAGGUGGUUCUGCAGUCGGGAGCAUCAGGCGUCCAACAACACGUCCAUCAUCACUACCAUCAUGGAGACGCGGCUGCCGUGGGCGGUUCGACUUCUGGGAUCGCACCCAACCCUGUUAUAAUCCAGUCGGGCGGCAACGGCCUUGGUAGUUACGGAAACGGCGGUACUUACGGCGCCUAUAACACCUUCGAGGAAUACAAAAAGGAUUUCAAGAUCAAGACGCCCAACAGCGACAUUUCAUCCAUUUCGUCGUCUAUGAAGGGCUACGCUGAUCGUUACCCCACUUACAUGAAGCCGAACGGCAAACAAUUCGGCGGCAAUAAUGAGUUCCUGACGAACGGCGGCUUCGAUGGCGACUAUCAGUUCAGCAAUGGCGACAGCUUCGGCUCCUCGUCCUUGAACUACGAGGAUUGCGUAUGUGUGCCUUACGAUCAGUGCGCCAUAGCCAAUCACGUCGGCCGUAAGGACGACCUCUACUUAGCCAUCGACCCGCGCACCCUCGACAAAGGCAUCUUGGCAGAAACCGACGAAGUGGUGAUCACCGACGGAAAUGGCACUAUGAGCGUCGUGAGGUUGCCCAAGGGAGCCAACGAGACUGAGCAAAUCAAACAGACGAAGAACGAAGGGACGAAAGGAGCAGAGGAAAUCGUGAAGCGAAACCGCAGGAACGUCAAGCAGGUUACCAAGACGGACGACAAGAAACAAGAGGCACAAGCAAGACUGAUAGCCGACAAUCUGGACACCUCGAAACUGAACGUGAAGCCAACUUGGGGCGUCAGUUUCGGCCUACCGCAGACCGUCGGCGGUCCGAUCGGACCCCAUCCCAAUAAUCCCCUCGGGUAUCCGGGUCACGGGCUGGCCGGUGGACAGGGCAUAAAUCUAGGUCCGGUUUCGGUGAAUCCGCUCGUAGCGCUGCAGGUGAGCAAGGACGAGUACGGCGAGAAAGUCCUGAAGCCUUACGUGAAUCUGCAUGUAACGCCGAACGCGGGCCUCGUUCACAAGCUGAGUAAUCUGCUGGCGUACAAGAAAUACGGCCUGCACGGGAAUUACGGCGGCGUUUACGCACCGGCGCAAGGCGUCUACGAGCAUUAUCACCAUUACGACAAACCGUACCACCAACACCAUCACCCGCACUACCCGUCGCAACCGCCAUUCUAUCCGUCGUAUGGUCUGCAUCAUCAGCACGACCAUCGUUACCCGCCACCGACCUACCACAAGCCUCAUUAUGGCGGCGGAUACCCUGGCCCUUACUACAAGGACGGUGACGAUUACAACGACUACAACGAUUAUUCGGACGAUGAUUACGCGGACGAUGAUUACUAUAGAAAGGCUCGCGCGAGAGUCACGACGACAACAGGCGGGCAGUCCGCCACGGCCAAGGAUUAUUCGCCACCGCGAAGACCGGCCGACCGCGAGGGUGGGUCUAACGGAGGAAAGAUUACGUUCUCGGAGAAUAGAAGACGACGUCGCGAUGCGACGUUUAACGAUACCACGUCGACGGAGAGACGGUACGAAGGAUCUGCAUCAGUUUGCGGUGAUCAUCGCGUCUGUUGUCGCAAAUCGCAUCUAAUAGCGCCACGCCCCCAGCCCGGUCAAUGCGGAACUAGGAAUACACAAGGCAUCAAUGGUCGCAUCAAGACUCCUGUCUACGAGGACGGAGAUUCUGAGUUCGGCGAGUACCCGUGGCAAGUGGCUAUCCUGAAAAAGAGUCCCGGCGAAAGCGUGUACGUUUGCGGAGGUACUUUGAUCUCAUCACGAUAUAUCAUCACCGCUGCUCACUGCGUGAAGGCCCAUGCCGGACGCGAUCUUCGCGCGCGAUUGGGCGAGUGGGACGUGAACCACGACGUCGAGUUCUAUCCCUACAUAGAGCGCGACAUCGUCAGCGUCUACGUGCAUCCCGAGUUUUAUGCUGGCACUCUCGCCAAUGACAUCGCUAUCCUCAAGUUGGCUUACGAUGUCGAUUACGUAAAGAACCCUCAUAUAAGCCCCGCUUGUCUACCGAAUCAGUAUGAUGACUUCACUGGAGUAAGAUGCUGGACCACCGGCUGGGGCAAAGACGCUUUUGGAGACUUCGGCAAGUACCAGAACAUACUGAAGGAGGUGGACGUACGUGUUGUGAGCAACUACGUGUGCGAGCAGCAGAUGAAGCAGACAAGGCUCGGCCCCAGCUUCAACCUGCAUAAGGGCUUCGUCUGCGCCGGCGGCGAGGAGGGCAAGGAUGCCUGUAAAGGCGACGGCGGCGGCCCGAUGGUCUGCGAGCGCAACGGCCGAUGGCAAUUGGCCGGCGUCGUCUCCUGGGGUAUUGGUUGCGGCAAUGCCGGCGUGCCCGGCGUCUAUGUCCGGGUAUCCCAUUAUCUCGACUGGAUCCGCCAAAUCGUGCAGUGAUGACAGAAAACAUCAAUCAGACGAAAUUUCUCCUUUGUUCUCGCAAAAGGAAGGCUCGACGAAACCUGGCAAAAUUUGGGACUACGAUAUUUCGUGCACACGAUUGGAUUGGUUAACAAUAACUCAGGAUAUACAAGCAUAUAUAUAGAUCUAUAUUUAUAUUUAAAUAUUAAUUGCGUUAUAUAUUCCUGUAUCGACGAAUUAUUCAAUACGACUUUUUAUUCUCGUCGGAGAGAUAUUUAUUCAACUAAUACCGAUAAUUUUCGUGUUUCGUCCGUGUUUAGGCUAAGCAAUUUUUUUUUCUUAUUUAAAUGGCUAACUUAUUGUACAUAGAGUGUACGGUCUCGUAGGCCGUAUGUCGGAUUGCGUUUGUGCAAUUUUGUGUCGCUUACGGACAAAGCACAAGUUAAUACAAGAUUCGCAAAGUAUGAUUCGAACGUUCGGAUCGUCGAGUAAUGCAUUUUCUUUGCAACAAUUUAUACAUACUCGCAUUUGUCGUAUAUUAAUAAAUAAUAAAAAAUUCUACAACUAUACCUAUAACUACCAUACUGUGACACUUUAUAUGUAUUUAGUACAUGUUUUAAAAAGACUUACGUUAUUGUUACAUAAAACAUAUGUUUUAUGACGAGCUAGGUUCUGUAAGAUACGGUCUCUGUCGGAAAAUAUGAUUACACUAACCAGAUGAUUACUCCUGAACGGAAUUCGAAAGAAAUAAAAUAAAAAUUCUUAGAAACUAA